AUGACAAAGGAAGCAUCGUUACCUGUCGAUACAGCUUGUGAACCUAUUGAAGAAGCUCGACAAUCUGUUGGGGGAAAUGAUGCCAUAUCUGCUUCAAGCAGAGCAAGCAGCCGUUUAAAUUUUACUAACGAUACGAAGGAAAGCAACACUCAAAGCAGUGUAUACAAGGAAAUACUUAGUCAACCGGUUGGUCUCUCGCAUCGUGAGAGAUUGCUGUGGCUUCAGAAACGCAGAACUGAGGGACUGUGGGCGCAAUGCGAUGAGUGCAACCUCUGGCGUUAUCUCCCACACGUUCUCGAUCGUUACGAGCUACCUCACAAGUGGUACUGUAACAUGAACCCAGAUAAAAAUUUUGCGAGUUGCUCUGUUCCCGAGGAUCCAAUACAUUUACGGGAUGAAGAAGAUCUCAUACACAGUAGAUUUGGAGCGGGUUCUGUAGUGUGGGCUCGAUUGCCCGGUUGGCCUUGGUGGCCGGCUAUGGUAGACGAUUGCCCGGACACCGAACAGUUUUACUGGCUAGACGGCUUCUCUGAUAUACCAACACAUUACAAUGUAGCGUUUUUCGAUAAAAACGACGUUACACGAGCUUGGAUCGCAUCCGAGAAUAUUGUAUCAUAUAGCAACAGUAAAAAGUUAGCGGACCGCGGGUUACAAUCGAAAAAAUAUAGCAAGCGCUUGAUAACAGCUAUAAAACAAGCAGAUGACGCAGCAAAACUACCAGUCUCGUCUCGUCUCGCUAAAUACAGCUUCAUAGCGAGAUACAAAGGCAACAUUUUAAGCCCGGCUAAAAUAACCAAAGCCGAUAUAGAAAAGUAUAGGCGACAUCUCAAACGGAAGUAUAACGUCGAAUUACCAUCCGAUAGCUCUGAUACUGAUAAUACUCCAGUUAAAAAUUAUGAACGUAAAUUGAAGCCCGUUGAAGGCACACCGAAGAAGCGAAACGCAAAAGCUAUGAAACCCAAGAAGAUAUUUAAAAAGGCUAAAGCACAAAUCGGCAUAAACACCUUAAACAAUGAUAAUAUAGCUUCUGAUAAUAAUAAUACAGAACAGGCAGAAGUAAACAAGACGUUACAGGCGUCUAAUUCUAUGGCAGUACAUGUUGACAGUAACCCGGACACUGCAACCGGUUCAUUUGAUAAUGAUACUUCUAAAACUUACCUCCCUGAAUCGUUAAACUCGAUUAUAAAUGAACCAGAAUCCCAGUACCCUCAGGGCGGUGUUGCGUCACCUGCUAGCGACGAUUUCGACUUUUAA